GAGGGGUUUGUAGCUGCAUAACACCACCACCAACACAACAGUAAUUUCCCUCUCUCAUUCACUAGAUGUUCAAGAUGCAUUGUAUGAUCAUUGCUUGCUUACUAGCAUCCGUAGUUGCUCAGCGCGUGAGCAGUUAUGAGCUCGUUCCGUUCACCAAAGUUGCCUUCGCAACCGAAAGGAGAGCAGUUUGUAUGGACGGGUCACCAGGCGGCUACUAUUACUCGGCCGGAUCAGGAGAUGGGGCCAAAAAUUGGCUCAUCUAUCUCAUGGGAGGAGGAUGGUGUGCAGAUAUUACUACAUGCCAAAGCUUAUUCAAUGAAACUAGAGGGAGUUCUAAAUUCAGUGGAAGCGCAAAUUUCACCGGAAUUCUUAGCCCAGACAAAGACAUAAAUCCGGAUUUCUACAAUUGGAACAGAAUUUACGUGUUCUAUUGUGACCAGUCAUCAUUUCUCGGAGACACUGAGGUUGAUGGUCAAGGACAAAAGGUUCAGUUCAGAGGGUCCAAGAUUUUUGAUGCUGUCGUGGAGGACCUUUUGGUCAAAGGAAUGGCUAUUGGAAAAAAUGUAAUUCUUUCCGGCAGAUCCGCCGGGGGCCUAGCAACCAUCCUACACUGUGACAACUUUCGAGCGCGUCUCCCCAUUGCCUGCAGGGUGAAAUGCCUUUCGGAUGCCGGAUUUUUCAUCCGAGCUGAGAAUGUCCCUAACGCGGACUAUAGAGAGCAAUUUUUUGCCUCGACCAUCAUGCUCCACAAAAUAUCCAGAUUUUUGCCCGCCACAUGCACAAAAAGAAUGGAUCCGAAUUUGUGUCUCUUUCCAGAAAAUAUAGUCGGUCAUGUUCGAACUCCACUAUUUAUACUAAAUAGUGCAUUUGAUUAUUUCCAGUUAAGGACAAUUCCUAAUUGCUUCCAAGAUGUUUUAUAUGACUUUUGCUACCUUGCGCCUGAGAGGCCCAUAUCCGAUGAUUGCUGCAAGAUUUAUGUGUCUCUUGAUUCGGGUUGCAUCCAUAGAUUCGCAGACGAAGCUACUUCACGACACGCUUGCGUUCUAUACGACUAUUACAUUGGCAUGAUGGCCGACGAUCUUGUGCGUCUGUGCAACUCUAAGAUUUAAUAGUACAUACUCCCUCCGUCCGUGACCAAUAAUCAUAUAUUUAUGUAAUAAAUGUUAUUUACUAUAAAAGUAAUAAAGAAAUAUUUGUGUGUUUUUCAGAAA